UGUGUUGCAUUGUGUUGCAUUGUGUUGCACUCACGGUGCAAGACAGAGGAGACAUCGCUGCAAUUCGACGGUGAGUCGGCUUGCUUUUUUCGGAGAGGUUCAGCGGAAACGGACGGAAUCUGACCAGGAUCAUAUGGCUGCGCUUGCAGAUUUCGGUGGGAAGAUGGAUCGAGGGCUCGGGAGACGGGCAACAGCAGAUGUUCUCUGGGAUCAAAUCCGCAAGCUUCGCGACUGCGCGCCUAUGGAGGGCGAGUUCUAUCCAGACGAGGAGCCGGCUAAGGCUCUCGCUGCCAUCAGCGUGGCCCUCAAGCCCUGGAGUUCCGCGUCCAGGGAAACCCUGCUGAGCAUGUACGCGAAGAUUGCGGACGGAAAGCGGCUGGACGACUUAAUUUCGCUUUUCCUGGGCAGCCAGGAGCACCCCGCGUUAAGGUAUGCUUGCCUGGAGCUGCUGGGAUUCGUGGGUCAGCUGAAGCAAACACACCGGCGGUUAUUGUGUCGGAUGGACGUGAUCAAAACGCUGCUUACGGUGCUGGAGCGGCCACGGAUAGUGCCGAUCAGCCCUUACUGCCCGAGCAACGACAUCUGUCCGGCGGCGGAGGCGGCAAGAGUACUCAGCGUGCUUUGUGCCGCCGAGGGGGGGCUGAAAGGGGCCCACGCGGAGGAAUGGGUGUCGCUUGGCGCGCUUGGGGCGAUUUCGUCAGCAUUAGAGUUCAAUGCUGCGAUACCGGACUAUUUCACGGACUUCCCGAUGGUGAUGUUCAUGAUCUCGGGCGUGCUUCUUUCCGAGGCUGGCCACGCCGUCUCUCUCGACGACCGGGCAAGAGUGGCGGAGACAAGCCUUGGUCUGUGGGUGGAGCGAAGGAGAUGGGUGGCCCCAUACGCGGGGAGCCUCGGAUCCCUGUUUGAGGGGCCCCUUAGGGGGGAAGCGCUCAUGCGAGCGCCGCUGGAGCUAAGGAACCAGGCUGUCAAGCAAGCGGAAGACUUCAUAGCGGAAGGAUUUAGCCUGGGAGGCUGGGCAGUGAGACUGGUGGCAGCCAUCCUCUCAGAAUCACCGGCGGACGGCGGUGGCGGGGGAGAUGGCGUCGCCGGUAACGGAGAUGGGGGUCACGAGGGAGCGGAGGGAACGGUUGGGGCUGUAACUGACUCCGCUUCGGCUACCGCCGGUGGAGUUGGGCCGACGUCCGGGGUGUCUGGGCCCGUGCGGCCUUCAGGAGGGAAGCAGGUGCCGAGCACGAGAGGGCACCUCAACGUCGUGCUGUCGGACAUCAAGAGGGGCGCGGAUGCGGCGGUGCUGUGCUCGAGGGAAACCUGUGGCCGUCGACAAGGAGAUGUCAAGGAGGGCUUCAAGCGCUGCGGUCGCUGUCGCACAACCGUUUAUUGUUCGAAAGACUGCCAGGUGGCGCACUGGAAAGAAAAACACAAGAUGGAGUGCAAGAAGAAAUGACGAGCGCAAGCGCCCUUUCCCACCGCCAGUCGAGUCGGCUGCACACACGGCGGUACCGACUAAGAAGAUUAAUUAACCUCCGGCCGAACUAGAUUUUUGGUGCCCCACAGGGUACGAACGAGCUCCCACUUCGUGUUGGAAAAAUUGAUGCUGUGGGGCGAAGAAAAGCUUGCUUGCGUACUCGAGCAGGUAUGUACGCGAACCGUCCAAGCUGUCGAGGGGAAUCUGUGCUCGUGGCUUCGAGGGGCGGUGGGAUGGGGUUGUGGUCAGGGGAGUAUUAAAUAGCUGGGGAGAGCUAUUUAAUACUCCGAUCUCGUCGUUCUGUUUAUUCCAGUGUCUUUGGUGAGUGAGUGUGUUACGGCCCGUCAUGCACAGUGUCCAUCCGGCGUAAGUUGCGUUUUUUGUCAUACCGAGUCGAGUCUGGGUGUGUCACUCCCUUUGGUCUGGAACACGCGCGCACCUCACGUCUUUGGUCUGUUUGUGCAGCCUAGAGAACGUUUGUCUGCCUCCUUCCUAGCUACGAGACUUGAUUCACACGGCUGGAAGAUUCCAUGUUAACUUCGACGGUAGUCCUGACGGCUCUUGUGUGCAUGCUCGAAAAAGACAUUACUUGCACCCCUCAAGGGUAUGUGCAUGGCGCCCGUUGCCGUUGUAAGGUUUGGACUCGAAAGUAGAUGCGCUCGGGGGAAUCGCUCUCCCCCCCCCCGAAGGGACUGCGGUGUGGUCGGAAUCCUUGUUUCGUGGUUGUUCGACGCCUGAAUUCAUUCGUCGACGUUUUUUGCUAUGGGUGGGACGAUCUGUUUUUGUCUGUCGGUGUUGGCAGUGUAGACUAGUUCGUGUGUACAGGAAACGACUCGCGAGGUCGGUCGCUUAAUAACAAAGCUCUCUCGACCCGUUUCAAGUUAGGUGCGAAAAGAGUUGUGUUCUACUUAAGUGCGAAUAGAACGCUGGGUAUGUAGGUAGGUACCUGUUUCGUUGUCCAAAUAGAAUGAUGUGGUACAUGAAAUGAAACAAAACUUGGCACGCUCAUUGGAUGGUGCAUGAUGCAUGGUCAACAAGGGAACUAAGUUGAUCUACGAAUAAUACUGCUGUUGCUUGUGUCUGUGCAUCCAUCCAUCGCCGAGUGCGUGGUUUCCCGAAGUCUGCUUCUGUCUCCGUCCUGCUGCUGCCGUAUGGGCCGCCGCUAAGAAUCAUCCUGACUGCUUCU